ACAAGCACUGCUUCACUUUUAACACCAGAGGGAUUGUGAUAGGUGACAGUAUUCUCUCCACCUCCUUGAUAUUGCUCAUUUACUUCAGGCAGCUUUCUUCCACCCAACGACCAUUUUAACAGACAGAGGCAGCUCUCACAGCUCACAGGAGAGCUUUUUGGCCUUCAGUAUCUGCUCUGGCGGGCUGGUCAUUUAUUGCAUGCUGAUACAGAGGCAACAACUCAGAUGAUGAAAGAGCAUAAUGCGGAGGACAGCAUGGAGGAAGAUGAGGGAUUCUGACAUCAAGGAUGAUUCCACAGUGCUGAACAUAGAUGUUCAGCUUCUGUCCACUGUCCAUCUGGUCCAGUGUGGGAUUGACACCGGCUCUCUGUCCUCAACUUCAUCUUCAGAAGUAACAUGAAAUACCAGCUGACAAUGAAGAUGUGCUGGGAUAUUUUGACGAGACUGGAGGACAUCAAGGCCACAAUAACAUCCACCUAUGGCUCCUCUCUGAGAUUGAAUUCAACCAAAAAGGAGAGCUUUUUGGCCUUCAGUAUCUGCUCUGGCGGGCUGGUCAUUUAUUGCAUGCUGAUACAGAGGCAACAACUCAGAUGAUGAAAGAGCAUAAUGCGGAGGACAGCAUGGAGGAAGAUGAGGGAUUCUGACAUCAAGGAUGAUUCCACAGUGCUGAACAUAGAUGUUCAGCUUCUGUCCACUGUCCAUCUGGUCCAGUGUGGGAUUGACACCGGCUCUCUGUCCUCAACUUCAUCUUCAGAAGUAACAUGAAAUACCAGCUGACGAUGAAGAUGUGCUGGGAUAUUUUGACGAGACUGGAGGACAUCAAGGCCACAAUAACAUCCACCUAUGGCUCCUCUCUGAGAUUGAAUUCAACCAAAAAGAAGUGGGAUUCGAACCCACGCCUCCAGAGGAGACUGCGACCUGAACGCAGCGCCUUAGACCGCUCGGCCAUCCUGACAGGCGUGCAGAGGAGGGCGCCUGUGUGGGAGUGAAUCUCCCAGCCAAUUACCUCGCCACCUUCAACAUUGGACCAAUCAUACCGUUGAAAUGUAGGACGGCACCUUUCGUCGUAUUCGGAGCGGGGCGAACGAGCGUCUGACGAAGCCGGUGUAGGAAUCUGUGACCACGGGUGGCGAUGUUGCAAAAUUGAGUGCAAGUGCAUGUUCAAAUCACUACAGACACAGAAACAACAAGGUCACAGAUUAAAUAAAUAAAUAUAAACAACACAUGACGGCUGAUGUGUUCACUUAUUUUUAAUUUCAUAUUCUAUUUGACGUCAGUAAAAGAAGAAGUAGAGAUGGAAGAACGCACUGUUUUAUUUAAACAAGCACUGCUUCACUUUUAACACCAGAGGGAUUGUGAUAGGUGGCGGUAUUCUCUCCACCUCCUUGAUAUUGCUCAUUUACUUCAGGCAGCUUUCUUCCACCCAACGAUCAUUUUUAACAGACAGAGGCAGCUCUCACAGCUCACAGGAGAGCCUUUUGGCCUUCAGUAUCUGCUCUGGCGACUGGUCAUUCACUGCAUGCUGAUUCAGAGGCAACAACUCAGAUGUUGAAAGAGCAUAAUGCGGAGGACAGCAUGGAGGAAGAUGAGGGAUUCUGACAUCAAGGAUGAUUCCACAGUGCUGAACAUAGAUGUUCAGCUUCUCUCUCCUAGUCUCGCCACUGUCCAUCUGGUCCAGUGUGGGAUUGACACCGGCUCUCUGUCCUCAACUUCAUCUUCAGAAGUAACAUGAAAUACCAGCUGACGAUGAAGAUGUGGGAUCCUGCAUCACAGUCUGUGUCCAGUUGUUCAGGGUCUUCUGGACGUCACUCAUCAAACAGACAGAGAAGUUAUUGUCUGAUAAAUCUUAACAAGCAAGUGGCUAAAUUGGAGUCACAAGUACUUACUCUCCGGAGAGAUGUUCAGACUGCAGGCGUGUGGGGGUUGCAACUCCUCUAACUCAGUAUGGACUUAAUUCAAGUCAUAUUGUGAGCUGAGUAGUCCGGUCUGACUAAGUAUAAGAGGAUUUUAAAGCAACAUGGAGAGCUGGUACUAUUUGCUGCUGCUGUGCACCUUAGGUUUAGUCCUGAUCUAUGGAGAGCAGACAAAAAAUGAUGAUGACAUUGACCUUGUGAGGUUUCUGAGAACUAUCCACCCUGGGGUGCUGGUGAGAGAUGAGCCGUUUAUUAUCAACCGACAAUUUAGGAAAAACUCCCUCAAGGACCUGGAACGCCUGGGGGUCUCCUCAGUUACAGAGCAAACCAAGGACAAGCCAGUCAGUCAGGACACAAAUGGGACUCCUGGACCUGUGGUGUUAACCAAAGAUGGGCAAAUCAAGGGGAUUACAGUAGAUAAGGCCCAUAUAUUCUAUGGGAUACCAUAUGCAGACCCCCCCACCGGGGCUUACCGCUGGAAGCCUCCCAGACCUGUGACUCCAUGGCCACGGGUUUAUGAUGCCUCCUUCCCUCGGCCGGCAUGCAUGCAGGCAUGCAGAGGACCUAUCACAGAGGAGUGCCCUCGGAAAGUCAGUGAGGAUUGUCUCUACCUGAACAUCUUCAUCCCUCUGGAUGUGGACUUCAGUUCCCCUCUGCUGAGCCCACUGCCCGUCAUGGUUUGGAUCCACGGUGGAGAUUUUAUUGCUGGUUCUGCCUCCAAACCGCUCUAUGAUGGACGCUUCAUCAGUAACUACACCCACACCAUAGUUGUGAGCAUGGAGUACAGACUAGGGGCCUUUGGAUUCCUCGUGUCUGGCAAGGACCCUCACACCUCCGCCAUAGGGAAUUAUGGGAUCUUGGACCAGCAGGCAGCUUUUCUUUGGGUCCAGCGAAACAUUGCCAUGUUUGGAGGUGAUCCUAGCAAGGUGACAAUAUUUGGAGAAAGUGCAGGUGCCCAGUCAGUGAGUCUCCACUUGAUGAUGCAGAGCAGUAAACCUCUGUUUCACCAAGCUGUUCUGCAGAGUCUUCCCUUCUCCAUCCCCCUGAAGACCAGACAUGAUGCCCUGAAGCUGGGGAAGGACUUUGCCAAACAGACCAACUGCUCUGUGAGCGACACGAUCUGCCUGCUGUCUCUCACCUCACAGGCCGUCCUCGCUGCCCAGAUGAAAACGAGUUCUAAGAUCGUGAACCCGUUUCGAUUCCUGGAGGUUUUUGAGACGUGGGGUCCACAUAUCGAUGGGGAUUUAAUAAAGGAACAGGCCAUCACUGCAUUCCUGAAGGGCCACUGGCAAAAAGAGAAGCCAAUGCUGUUGGGUACAACCUCAGAAGAGGGGGUGCUCUUUGUGUAUGGUGUCUUCACCAAGCCUGUGUCUGCUGUGGAGUCCACUGUGUACAUUACUGCCAUCUUUAAACAACACGCUCUGCGGGUCCUGCACAAGUACCUGCACCUGUACAGGGACGCUGACCGCAGGGACAUGCUAGCUCAGAUCGUCACCGACUAUGUCUUCCUGUGUCCGUCCAGGAGGUCCGCACGUGCUGGCAAAGCAGUGGGCAGUGAAGUUUGGAUGUACGUGUUUGACCAUGUACCAUCAGACUGUCGUGUUUGGUCAGGUGUGACUUUCUGCUACCAGCAUGCCUGCCACGGUGCCGAGCUGCCCUUUCUCUUUGAUUCGGCCACAGUGGCCAACUUCACUAUGUUGCCACAAGAGAAGCUGCUGUCCAAUCGCAUGCUCUGCUAUUGGGGGGCUUUCGCUCACACUGGUGACCCUUCCUCACGAGCCCAGCAGACAUCUUUCUGCCGGGAGCAGCGUCUCCCUGUUUGGCCACGUUAUUCUGACACCAGUGGCUGGCUGGUUAUGAACCUGACAGUGCACUCGCAUGCACAAGUGGGAACCAGGAACCAUAUAUGUGACUUUUGGGAUCAAUUGGGCACCUAUUAGUGAGGAGACAGACUGGGCAAGGAGCUGUGCCAAUGAAUCAGCAUAAAUAUAGGCUUCUUUUUUUCUUGAGCAUGCAAAUUCAUAUCAGAAAACCAUACCUUUGUUUGUAAUAUAACAAAAUUACAUGUUUUACAAAAGCGUUUUUAAGAAAAAUAAAAAUAAAAUUAUACAUACAAAGCUACCCGUGGAUGUAGAAAAGUGCCACCAUUUUCCUUUUCUCACUGAAGACGAGUAAAGAGUAAACUCUAAGUCUGAAGAGUAGUUCACAGAAGUUAAGUUAAUAUAUGUCAUAAACACAGACAAGAGAACGUUGAGUGAUUUAUGAUUAUUGUCUCAUUUAAGGACUUCAAUUAGCAGCUAUGCUUUGUGUUAAUAUACAUUUUGUAAAAGCAGAUGUCAGUGUCCUAGUUGUCUAGUGAAAAAAACACCUACGGUAAUUGUUAGGAUAUACAGUGCAGUAUUUCUGUUGUGCCGAUAAUGUGCACAAUAAUGCGUCCCCUAUCCAUUCAAGUCUAAAUCGACGAAUAGUCAUUGUAGAUUAUUAACUCUUUGUCUUUUGUGUCUUAAUUUGCAGCUUUUUGGUGCUCACUUGUGCAAGUUGUGAAUGAUAAUCUCGAGUGGCACAUUAAUAUUAAUGAUAUGAUUGUGUGAAGUUGCAGCAGUUUAGUGAAUGAAUUCUAGCAACCAUGUACUACAUGAAAUAUACAAUACUGUACUAAUUAAAGUAUAAAUUGGAAAA